AUGAGUACACUAACAUUAGCUGAAACACCUAUUCAUGUUGGAAUAGAUUUAGGAACAACAUAUUCAUCUAUUGCUAUAUAUUCUGAAAAUGAAAAUAAAAAUGAUCCAAUAGAAGUCUUAGAAAUAGCAAAUAAUGAAUUUUCAGUACCAUCAUGGGUUCAACUAUUUAAAGGAAAUGAUGGAACAAAACAAUACAAUGUUAGUAUAAAUGCAAAGAGAAGUGGUGGUAUUUGUCUUCAUGAUUCUAAAAGAUUAAUAGGAGAAACAGUUAAACAUUAUAAUGAACAAAAGAACUUAUUACCAUCAUUUACGUCAUUUGUAGUUUCAACAGAGAACGAUGAAAUAAAAAUGUGUGUUGAAGAUCCUCUUAAUCAAUCAGAAACAGAAAGUUUUUAUCCAAUUGAAGUAUCAGCAAUGGUUCUUAGAACAUUAUAUAAUAUACUCAGGCAAAGAAUAGGAAAUAAAAAAAUAGGAAAAGUAGUUGUUACCAUUCCUGUUUCUUUUACACCAAGACAAAAGAAAGAAACAAUUCAAGCAUGUAAAAUGGCAGGAUUUGAAGAUAUUUCUUUAUUACAUGAACCAACAGCAUCAGUUAUAGAAUUUGAUAGAGAGUUCCAUUUAAAAGAGAAGUCUAAAAUUGUUGUGAUUGAUUGUGGAGGAGGAACAACAGAUGUUGCUUGUUGUAUUUUCAAUGGUCAAGAACAACUAGAUAACAAUAAAAUUGGAAAGGUAAAGGAGUUUAUACUAAAUAAAAUCAAAGAGGUCUUGAAAACACAAAAAGAUUUUUUGAUUCUACUUGAACCAGAGAAAGAAUCAGAUAAAACAAGAAUAAAAAGUAAGAAGAAAUUUGUUUCUCAGAAUAUUGAAAAAAUAACUGCAGAAUCUCUCAAAACAUUGGAAAAAGGUAAUUCAAUGAAGAUUGGUUUGUGGGAUAUAUAUCCAGAGUGGGAAGAUGAAAUAACAAUAACUCCUCAAGACGUUAACCUACAAAUUCAAAAACCAGACACUAAAUCAAAAAUUGACUGUGUUUGGAAUGAAAGUGAUUUAAAUUUAGGUGGAAAUAAUUUUGAUGACUCUCUUAUUACAGUUAUUCUUGAUAAAAUAAAAAGUCACAUUGGUGAUACUGAUUUUCAAAGAUUGUUUAAAGUCAAUUCUAAGGAUACUAAAACAGUCAAAAGGAUGAAAGAAAAAAGGAUGAAAAAAAUUAGAAUAAUUGCAGAAGACAUUAAAAAGUCAUUUUCUGGAAAUACAAACAGUUUACCAAUUGAUUUAGAUUCAAUUUCUGAAGGACUUACUGGACAGGUAGAUGUUACUAAAGAUGAAUUUGAAGCACAAUGUAAAAAAGAUAAAAUACUUGAAAAGCUUGAACGGUGUAUAAAAAGUGUUGUAGAUAGUGCAAACUGGAAGGUUAAUGAUAUAAACUAUGUUUUAGCUAUUGGUGGCUCUUGUAGUAUUCCAAUUGUUAGAAGGUUGAUUUGUGGUAUGUUUUCAAAAGAUAAAGUUGUUGGCACCUCUUUCAACUCAUACACAAGUGUUGUUAAAGGAGCUGCAUGUAGAGCACAUCAACUGUCUAUAGACUGUGAGGACAGUAUCACUCAAGUCAUGCCAUACACACUUGGAUUUGGGUUAGUUGAAAAUAAGUAUGAUGUUUUUGCACCAAAAGGAAAAAAGUUACCAAUUGGUUUUCUUGGAGUUUAUUCAAAUGCUCAUGAAAAUCAAAGAAUAAUUAGUAUCCCAAUUUAUAAGGGAGAAGGGAAAAAAACAAAUGAAGAAGGUAUGGAGUUAGUGACAACUGCAAUAAUAACAGGACUUCCACCAGGAUUAAAAGAGGGUGAAUUUAAUAUGAUUUACUUAACAAGAGUGAAUACAAGUGGUCUUGUUGAGGUUGAAAUAGUUAAAGCAGAUAAUGGUAAAUUCCUUAAUAAAAUGAAGGCGUUUGUGAAUUUAGGAUUUGAUGAAGAUAUAUUAAAGAAGAUUCAACAACAUCUUGAACGUUAUAUCAAAAAUUCUGAAUAA